AUGGCGAUCCCGACUGCCGCUGCUGCCUACAAGAAGAAAGAUGGCGUCCUCGCUCUCACCCCGGAUCAGAGCUCCGUCAUAUGGACUCCCAACUCCGCCCCGGCCGGUCCACCAACUGUCUCCCUUGCCAUCCUCAAUAUUACCAAUCUCCAGCAGACCCCAAACACCGCUGCCAAGGCCAUGCUGAGGGUAUUUGAGAAGCAACCAGGAGCAGCCGAGCCUGUCGCCCACCUCUUCUAUUUCAACUCGCCUUCAGACCCGCGAGCCGAGGCAAAUGCCAUCAAGGCUCUCUUGUCAAAACUCAUUGCUGAUGCAAAGAACAACGAUCCCAACGUGCCCCGACUUGCCGGUGCAGCUGCGUCCCCUGGAGCCGGUGGCUCUGGCGCGAGUGCCGCUGUGUCGAAGCCGACUACUGCAAGCCUGUUUGACAACGAUUCUCUUAGGAAUGACAUCGUCCUGCAGCAGUCUCUUAUGAAGUCUGAUCGCAACCUCUCACAGAUGUACAUGGAAGGCCGGAAGACGAAGCCAGACUCCAUGUCUGAUGCCACCUUCAACAGCCACUUCUGGUCCGCGAGAAUCAAUUUACUUCGGUCCCAUGCAAUCGAGACAAACCAAAAGAAAGGUCCUUACAACGUCUUGGCCCAAGUCAAGCCCACCACGCAACAUAACACAGACCCGUCCAAGCCGAGUGACUUGAAAAUGAACUUCAGUGUUGAACAGAUUCAGAUGAUUUUCAACCAGCAUCCUCUUGUGAAACGUAUCUAUGACGAGAACGUGCCAGCCCUUAAAGAAAACGAAUUUUGGGAGAGGUUCUUCCUCAGCAAGUUAUCCAAGAAGCUCAGGGGAGAGCGCACCACCGGUGACGAAAUGCCCGACAAGAUUUUCGACAAGUAUGAUGAGUAUGAAGAUAUCACGGCCUUCUCGAGCAAGCUCCUGUCCCAAUAUGUGCCUCAUAUCAUUGAUGUGGAAGGCAACGAAUCGAAUCAGGGCGGUUUCAGGAGCGGUAACCGAAAGGAUGUCGAGAUGCGACCCAGGGGAAGGGCUGAUGUGCCCAUUAUCCAGACGCUGAACAGCAUCAGUGGCAAACUACUGGCAAAUAUCGUACCGUCCGACAACGCCCCGGAAGACCCAAUGGAUCUAGAUGACAAUACCUAUCGCGAACUCGCCUUGCGAGAUCUUCGAGGGGACGCCGAGGAAAAUCGGAUUAUGCUCAACAUCAAGGAGCAAAGCAACUUCUUCUCCAGCGAAACCGCCACUAUAUCUGAAACAACCGCGACCUACGCCAAACAGAAGCCCGCAAAGGUUCUCAGGGACGUGCAGGAAGAUCUUCAAGGGCUUGGAGAAGAUGGUGCGGGUGGCAUCAACAUCCACGUCUCGCUAGGCAUCAAUGACGAGAGCGAAAGCGACGAGGAGGGCGAAGCGCACCCGCACGUCGGAUCUAGAGAAUCCCGGAAGGAGGCGCAGAAGCAGAUUCUGGAGAGUAUGUUGCAGAGACGAGCGCAAGUAUACGGUCAUACAUCGGAUGAGACAACACCGAUGGGGCUACCAGAAGAAAUCGCGGCAACAUGUAACCUAACUCAUGCUACCACUAUGGAAUUCUUGCACCAGUUCUGGUCCGCAUUUCUCUCUGGCGACCCUGAACGCGCUGCCGAGCUCGGAUACCUCGUCGAGGCAUUGAAGAGAUCCAAAGACAGGAUAGAUGCCGUGGCUGCGGAAGCGGAAAAAGUGCGGGAGAAGCAUAUUGAGAAGCGCAAAGCCGAGAUUGUGCAGAUCUACGAAAGGACUGGAAAGAAGAUCAAAUUCAGCCCCAGGACGGUCCGUGGUGGGAAGGACGCCGUCCAUAAACUCAUGAUCCCCGUCGUUGGCUCCUUGGACAAGGCUAUAGCUGAUUACCAGAAAGCCCUGGCUGCAGAAGGGAUCCAGGCCAGUACAGAGCGGUGA